GUUUAAAAAUCAAAUCCUAAUUUGUUAGGUAAGUUUAGGAAUGGAGAUUGUUAGGAUCCUCAAUUUAGGAUUCUGGGUUAUAGAUUUGUAAGAGAGAGCGGUAUGAAUUCUGGAAGUUAAGAUUGUUAGAGUCGGGGAUCUUUGUACGGCAGGUAAUUUUAAUUCUUGGUUUCUUUUUUUUUGAGUAACAGGCAAAAUGGAUAGCUCAGUUGCUUUCUGGGAAAAUAACCUGCCAUCAAAGGAUGAAAUGAUGCAAUCCAUCAAGGAAUUUUAUCACCCAAGGGAUCUUGCUAGCAUUCCCAAACAUAAUACCAAUGAAAUUGCGAAUUUUGAGGACCUUCGGGAGUGCUAUGAGUCUGAUUUUGGGUUCCAAAGCAUGCAGUAAAAUGAGCUGCCCUAGGCAACAUGUCCAUGGGAUAGAGGAGUGCAAGAUGGUGGUUUUCACAUGUUGGUGGAGGUAAGAGUCUCCCUCUCUCUUCCUGUGAGUAGAAGAAAGGAAACCACCAUUUCUCUUCCUUGUUUGGGUCAAACUGCUCCUUUUUUGGUUCAUGUCCUUUUCAGGGCAAUGUACUUAGGAGUGAAUUUUAUAUUAAGUAGGCUUAAAUUUAUCCACCAAAGUUUUCAAUGUCUAUGGUUCUGCUUUUGUUGGCUGAGUAUUUUGGAGGAAAUGAUGCUGUAAUAUUAUUUAGUUAUUGUAUAAUUAACUUCUUUUUUUUUUUCAAUUUAUUAUAUGGCUGCUUGUGUUUGCUCCAUCCUUUCUCUUUUGCAUUCAGUUUUUCUUUUUGGAUAGUUGUUCUGCUGUCUUUUUUGCCAUCAAUUUCCAUAUAUCCUAAUUUUUCUUCACUCUUUUUUCUCAAUUCACUGCAAAGUGUUUGAAAUUUGACAUUUACAUUUGCUAAGCAGCUUUUUGUCUCCUGUAUUGGCAUGUGAAAUCAAAGAACAUCCUUGACAAUUUUACCAACAUUAUUCUAUCUGUAUUUGGUUCUGUUAUAGUGACAAGAAUUCUUUUGGUCCAAAUUUCUUGAAACAUCCAUAUUUUCUUGGUUAUUAACCCUAUUGAUCAUGUCCUGUGUGCCUUCUGGAUCUUGCAAAUCAUUUUUUAAAAAUAAAAUUGGGUGUCACUACAGAGAUGAGGAAGCUGGUGUAUCAUAGGAUCAAUGAUGAGAUGGUAAAUUUUCUUUUUCAUUCUGUUUUGAAUUUUUCUAUGCUGUAGGAAUUUUUGUUUGAUUUAAUGUUCUACUUCUACCAUGCCUUGGCUUCAACAUUUUAAUAGGUCUAUCUUGGAAUUGAUGAAACACAAGCAUUUGAUGUCCUUUAUUUUUCCUCUGUUUGAUACUUUGAUAUAUAACUUAUUGCUACAGAUGUAAAUACCCUUGAAAGAGAAGAAAAUCAAGAAAAUGUCUCUUG